AUGAGCAGUUCAUUGGAGAGGGUUGUGGCCCAGAAGAAGGAGACCAUCGAGGCAGUGAUGGAUAUGUUUGAGAAGGGGGCCGAGGUGUUGGCCAGCGCUGUGGGAGAGCUCUUCCCCCUCUGUGAGGCCGCCGCCCCGGUCCUCCGCCUGGCCUUAGACAAUGCCCAGAGCAAAGAGGUCUUCUACGUCAAAGAGCAGUUCCUGACGGUGAGGAACAAGCUCGACGUGCUCUCCAGCCAACUGGAAGACAUCGACUGCGAGAUCAAGAAGGGGAGACUGGAUUCCCAGUACUUUUCAGUAGAGGAGAACAUUAGGAACCAGUUUCGGAAGUACAUGGACAUCUUGGAGGCAAAAAAGAAUUUCAAGGAGGUGAAGACCAGACUUUUUGUGGACCACUUCGCCAAAACUGGAGGGGAGAAGAACCUGUUUGUGCUGUACGAUGCUCUGAUGGGGACAAACAGCUUUGGAGAGUCGGUUUUAGAGUUGGUUGAAAGGUACGUAGCGAGGAACCGUCGUCUCCUGGAAGAUUUCUGUGUCCGGUUGAAGGAGCUCCUCUGUCUGGGCCUGAUUGCUCUGUUGGGCCACUGCGCCUUAACCCAGGGCCAAGAGGUAGAAGACGAAAAAGUCCAAGAGUGGAGCCUCAAAAUUGAAGAAGUAGAGUCCAAGAUGAAGACAACCAUCGAGUCCAGCAUCGCCGCCUUCCCAGAGCAAGCAAAACUAGACGCUCAGCGCGUCCUGCAAGAAAAGGAAGAAGAGAACCUGCAAGAAACGACUCAGCAGCUCCUUGAGUUCUUGGUGAAAAAGUACGAUUGGGUCAGCUGGUCAGUGCGGCUGAUCAACCAUUCAGGGAGCACCUACCGGAACUGGAGAGCAGGGGAGCACUUUCACCACGUGGCGGGGCAGAACUGGUUCGAGGUGCUUCAGGUGAACAACAUCAACCUGGUGGUGUCGUUCAGCACCAAGCCACAGCCGGUGCCACGUGACUGCAUCAGGCAGGUGAUGGAGGGCCAGGGGAAGAAGGGAAACGCCCCGGCGGUGGUGGAGGUGUUGGAGAAGCAGCUGUGCGGGUUCGUUGUUCACGCCGUCAGUCGCCACAAGGAGUCUGCAGCUGCGUGGAGCUUUCCAGAAGACUGCCACUACUGGGAGAGACACAAGAAUGUGGCUGUGUGUGUGCACUCAGAGUGA